GAGGCCAAGAUUUCAUUAAGAGUUUUGCGGAGGAGGUAAUGGUUUGUCAAAUUUUCACUUAUAUAUAUGUUAUUAUAACAAGAACUGGUUUCAAGUUCUUUAUUCUCGUUUCUAGCCCUGACUGAUUGCUGACAAUUAAUUGGGAUUUGGGAAAGCCAAUAAAAAGGGUAUGGCAUUGUUAGCUCAGGCUCCAUCCACAAUAUCAACCAUCAGUGUUUGCCGAGUACUCCCCAGAAGCCUGAAAUUGCUAAAAUUCACAAACGUGAUCCAUUUAUUGCCUGUCUCACCUAUUCAUGUCAAACAUCUUUGUGUCUGUUGUGCAAACAUAACUCCUUGGGAAUCAUCACCAGUCACAAAAGCUCCUGCUGCCCCCGAUGAUGCUGAUUAUAGUUUUUUGAAAAAAACAUCCAAUUUAUUUGAAACACUGAGUUCUGAAAACUCGGCUGAAGCAACAGUAACAAAUACUGAAGGAGUCACAGAUGCAAGUGAUCAGCCAUUUAUGCAGUUUCAGUUUCUUAAAUGGCCAAUGUGGCUUCUGGGUCCAUCUCUUCUACUCACCACAGGCAUGGUGCCCACUUUGUGGCUACCAAUAUCAUCCAUAUUUCUUGGCCCCAACAUUGCCAGUCUGCUUUCUUUAAUUGGACUUGAUUGCAUAUUCAAUCUUGGUGCAACGCUUUUCCUACUUAUGGCAGAUUCAUGUGCUCAGCCAAAAAACCCAACUCAGGCCUGCCAUAGCAAGCCUCCUUUCAGUUAUCAAUUCUGGAACAUGGUUGCAAAUGUGACAGGAUUUAUCAUCCCUUUGAUGAUGCUGUUCGGAUGCCAAAAGGGCUUUGUCCAACCCCAGCUGUCUUUCAUCCCAUUUGCGGUUCUUUUAGGUCCCUACCUACUUCUUCUGUCAGUGCAGAUUCUGACCGAGAUGUUGACCUGGCAUUGGCAGUCACCAGUAUGGUUGGUGACUCCAGUUGUGUAUGAGUCUUACCGUGUGUUGCAGUUGAUGAGGGGUUUAAAGCUUGGGGCUGAGCUUAGUGCACCAGCAUGGAUGGUGCAUACCAUUAGGGGGCUAGUAUGUUGGUGGAUUCUGAUUCUUGGUAUACAACUCAUGAGGGUUGCUUGGUUUGCUGGUUUUGUUCAAUCUCGUCAGCAAGAUUCUUCUGCACCUGUCGACAGUUAUUAAGAGUUAUGCACAGUUUGGCAAUAUGAUGGCUUCUUCAAUAGGCAUAGUGCUAGAGAGGCAUAAGUGGUGGAUGAUGAAAAGAUUAUGCUAUUGUUUGUUUACUUAUUAAUGAAUACCAUAUGUUGUAUAUAUGAAAACCUUUCUUAUUUUGAAUUGUUUAAAUGGUAUCUAGUGCUAUAUUUCUUGCA